CGGCUGGGCCACCAUCGUCAACUCGGUGUGUUUAAAGUUUAAACCAGUUAGUAAACUUGCUUCACUUUAGACACAGCAUAUUUCCUGGUUUUUAAAUGCAAAUCCUACUAAUAACAAGGCUACCUACAGUGGAGUCGGUACUCAGCCGCAUCUCAUCUUGUCGUGCAGACGGUUAUCACCUGAGACUAGGUCAGCCCUGCGGGACGAUUCUUUGGGGGUUUGCUAGGUGCGUGCGACGCUUUAUGGUAAUGGGUGGAGAUAUAAAGAUCUGAUGGUAUGGGCAUUUCAAGACCUGACGUUGCCUCAUCGUUCCUGUUACGGCACGGGUCGUUAUCACAUAUAUACCCUGCAUUGUGCUAUCCGGAUAUUAAUUCAUCUAGUAAAACUUUGAUAUCAAGGAAAUCCAAAGGCUACACCAGUGCUAGCCCAGAACCAAUAUCAACACAGGCAAACAUGUCCCUCCCAUCCUACAAAGACGCAGUCACCCCCCUCGACCCCCUCGACUUCGUCGCCACCUAUCUCUCAACGCAUGACCUCCUCACCUGCUCCCUAGUAAACAAAUCCUUCAACAGCGUCUUCGCAAAAUACCUCUGGGAGGAUCCUCUCCGCAUCAUUGGCAACGGUGCCAAACGGAUCCCUUUCCACCUAGAAAAAUACCGCCUCCUCAGCAGAUCCAUCGCAGCCACAAGAGAGUCCACCAAACACCUAGUGCAAACAAUAGACUACCGCCAGCAAUGGAUCCCAAAGAUGUACGCCCUCCCCAAACACGUCAGCCAGCGCGCACUCACCAUGGACGCUGGGUACUGGAACUCCCAACGCAUAGUCUACAAGCUCCUCAGCGACCUCCCCGCUCACUUCCCCCGUGCCAGAUUCCUCUUCCUCGAUGACAUCGAGUUCCCCCCUUCCCCCUCCUCUCCACCGCCGGAAACAUGCCAUCCACUCCUCCUCAGCCUGCGGGACUGCCAAAACAUCGCCACCAUACUCAGUCCAGACGACGCAGCGGAGUUUCUAAGUGAGGUAAUCUACUUAGAUAUCUCGCACACCGCCCUCCGCGACUCCUACGGCCACCCAACCUAUCCCCUCUCACACCUCAUGCUCCCCUUCCUGCGCACCCUAAAACUCCAACACGUCUCCCUCUUAGACUCAGACCUGCGCGCGCUCUUGGCUGCAAGCCCGCAUCAGCUGCAACUCGCUAGUCUGGAUGUAAGGGAUAACAAGCUCACCGACGGUAUAAUCCCCGAUCUGGAACAACACCUCGUUUGGCGCCUUGAUGCCUCCUCCCCACCUCCUCGUCCUCCGAACUACGGCGCUACAGAGCAGCAGAAUAGAUACCUCGAAUCCCCGCCUGCGUACUCUGAGCGGCCGCGCGCGGAGGAUGAGCAGCAGGAGACGUUCAUCCGCGACGCGCCCCAUCCUCCGCCUGAUGAUCCGGAGUCCUUCAUGGAGCGCGCGAGGGAGCAUGCUGAUAUGGGGGAUAUAAUGCCCUAUGCAGGUCUAACGGCGCUUUAUCUCUCCGGGAACGCAUUUACCUCCGAUGCCUUCCUAAGACUGGUAAAGGCGAGUGAUAGGUUACAAGUUCUUGAUCUCGAUGUCCCCUUCAAGGAGACGAGGUACUCUGCUUCGCUACCGCCACCACCGACUGCGGAUGGACAACCGGCAGACGAGCACGAGCACACGCAUCCGGUGGAAACGGCAACACACCACCUCUCCCUCUCCCUCUCCCCCCGCCUCUCAACCCUCCGCGUCCACCACGCACUAGUCACCCACCCCAUCAGCUCCUACAUGGCAGACACAAACCCCCACCUCACAUCCCUAACACUAACCUGCAUCCCCCCCCUCUCCUCUCCCUCCCUCCUUUCAUCACUUAAAACCUUUCUCUUAGCCGCUGCUACACAGGAACGGGCUAUUUCCCUCGCUCGCGCAGGUGGAGGGGAGGGAGGGCGUAGAGGGGUGAAGGUACGCCCGGGACUGAGGGUUUUGAGACUUGAGCUGGGGGGGGAGGGGGUGGAAAGUGUGUCGGGGGAUAGGGAUGCGGAUGCGUUUGCUGCGGCGGGGGCGCGGGAUUUUUCGUUUUUUGAUGAUCCUGGGGCUGAGGAUGGGGGUGGGGGGAAGAAGGAUGGGAAAGGGGAGGGAGGGAAGGAGGAGAGGGUGGAUGUUAGGGCUGAGUUGAGGAGGUGGAGGGAGGGGGAGGGAGGGGGGGAGAGGAGGUGGGGGGGGAGGUUGGAGGUUGUUGUUAGGGGUGGGGAGGGGGAGUAG